AUGCAGAGUGUUGGGGCGAGGAGAGGGAGGUCGAAGGAGCACUCGUCGGCGAUCAGUGACAACGGCGUGGAUGGAAGUGUCACGGACAGGGACGCAUCCACCUAUUCACUCAGGUGCAACCCUAUAGAGCCAAUGAUGGCGCAGCAGUCGCCAUCCAUCGGGUUCAACCGGGUCACUAGCGCCGGCGCGCGCGGAAGCAGCUCCUUCGACAGGUCCUCGGUGGCGGCGGACCUAGGCAUUAGCGAGGAUUGCGCGCCGCGCCACAGUGACCACAGCGGAUCCGGGGAGUUCUCGAGGUCCGGGUCGUGGCCUGGAGUUAUCCCGGACGACCUAGAGCACAUGUUCGACUGCACGUUGAACCUAACCAACAUCAAAAGGACGCUUGAGCCCAAAGACCAUCGGCCCUACAGUGACCAGCGUUCAAGUCGCUUCGUCGAGUCCGUCUCGCGCACGUUCAACAAGAGGAGUGAAGUUACAUCGCCAAGGAGGGCCGUCGCGGCUCUGAUGGGAUUGCAGGCGCCCAAGGAUAAAAGCGGAUUGCAAUGGGAGCACUUCAUCAGGGCCCUCCGUAUCAAGCGCUGGUCGCAGAUGCUGGUCAACGCCCAAAAGCGGGAGUCGCCGGAGAGCGUGACGGAUACGGCUGAGGACGAAACGGGCGACAACUUGGUCAGGCGCAACUGCUCUUUCGUGGAGGUCGUUAACGAUGCGAGCGCGGCCAAGGGGCUGGACAAGCUCGUGGGGCCACAGGCCAGCCGCAGCCUCAGGCCUGUGACCACAUCGACCCAGUACGCGCGAUUCAGGCCCAGGUCUGUAGGCAAUGGCGCCGAGCGCAGGGUGCGCUCCUCCGCAAGACGUAUAUACGAAGAGAGCACGCCGCCGGCCAUCGUCAGAGCGGGGCACAGACCCGGUAUGGAUGCAGUGAACUACGGCCUGGUGCGGAUCCGGGAGGCUGGCAGCUCUGUUCAGGUCUACGACUGCGUGGAAAAGGAAACCGGAAGGAUGCUUAGCGUCAAGCUGAUCUCGAGAGACCACUCAGCCGCGGCAUUGUACGAGCACCUUUGCGAGCACGGGCACCCCAAUUUCGUGACAAUCGUGCAAAUACUGGAAGACAAGAAUUUGUUCUAUAUCCUCAUGGACUUCAACAACACGGUGUGCCUCAGGGAGUUCUACCACGACAGCCACCCCAGGACCUUCACUGAGGAGCUGAUAAGGAGCAUCGUGAAGCAGCUCCUGGCAGCCCUGGCCUACAUUCACAGGAAGGGCAUGGUAGUGGCCGGGCUAAGUAUGGAAUCCGUCAUAAUACACAAGACGACUGACGGCGAGCUCGUGGCCAAAAUAUCGAAUUUGGACCGGGUCUGCCCCGUCAUGCCUGAGCAGGUCAACAGCAUACAGGACAACGCCUUUGACGCGCCGGAGGUGGCCGACGGCGUCAUCACGUAUUCCAGCGACAUGUGGAGCCUAGGAGUGUUGCUCUACACGCUCGCUGAGGGCAGGCCGCCGUUCAAACCGUUCACGGCUAAGUCCUACGUCAGGCGGGCGGCGGCGGUGAGGGGGUCCAGGCUCACGUUCGCCUCGGAGGCCUGGAUGGACGCGCCCAGGAUGAGGGACUUCUGCCUUAGGUGCCUGCAGCCGGACCACAGGCACCGCGUUUCGUCCGCCAUGGAGGCGUUCAUUCACCCCUGGAUAAGGGAGUAA